UCAAGUGACAAAUUUGCCCAUCCAGCAGAGCCUCUUUUCGGCUCCUCAGUGCUUGCUUUUUGUUACCUACUAACCUAAACCUACCAUCCUUGUUCCCAGAACUCUCUUCACUAUCUUCCACCGUAUAUAUAACACUUUAAAGAAACUGCAAGUCUUACUGCUUUUUUCUUAGGGUUUUCGUUCAUUCACUGUCCUGCCCCAGUCACCUGACUCGUUAAAAUGUACUAUGGGCUCUAUUAAUGGUAGAUUUCUCAACUACUCAGGUCGGUAAGCUGCAGUCUUUCACAUCUCUGAAAAGUCUUCAAGGAUUCUCUGCUUUACUGUUUUUUCUUUCACACCAAUGACCUGGGGUUUCAUGUCAAAUUGAGGUACUAAGUCUUGUUCUUAAGCAAUCAUCUUAAUGGUGAAUCUUGGUAGCCAAGAGGUUUUUUUUUUUUCACUUUAUUGACUAAACUGAACUGGGUUUUCUGCAAGUACGAGAAUAAUGUGUCUAUUGCAUGUUCGCUGUAUGAAAUGAGUUGGGUUUGAUCUCAAAAGUAUCAAAAAAGAGGGAAAAAAAAAAGUUUCUUGAGAUCACACAAAAUGAGAGUACUGUGUUUGAUCCGAGAAAGUUAAUAGGAAAAGAUGAUUUCUUUGAUUAUGGUUACUUGCUGAAAUGUGUUGGAUUCAAUCCCAAAUAAAGCUGAGAGAUAGUCCAAUGACACAACAUUCUCACGCUAUGCUUUCCUCUCCAUCAUCAUCUUCUUCUUCACCUCCUUAUAAUAGUGAUUACCAAAAACAAUCAGCCCCAUCAUCUGGUAAUAAAAUAAGUCCGGCUAUUCUUUUCGUUAUAGUUAUCCUAGCUGUUAUAUUCUUCAUAUCUGGUGUUCUCCAAUUGCUUGUUAGAUUUCUUAUAAAAAAUAGAUCUUCUUCGUCAGGAUCUGAAUCCAACAGAUAUCCAGAAAUGUCUGGCUCUGAGGCUUUCCAGAGGCAGCUACAACAACUCUUUCAUCUUCAUGAUUCGGGUCUAGAUCAAGCGUUUAUAGAUGCUCUCCCUGUGUUCCUUUAUAAAGAGAUAAUGGGUUUAAAAGAGCCGUUUGAUUGCCCUGUUUGUCUCUGUGAAUUCUCAGAACUAGACAAGCUGAGAUUGCUUCCCAUGUGCAGUCAUGCUUUUCACAUUGAUUGCAUAGACACAUGGUUAUUGUCCAACUCAACUUGCCCUCUUUGUAGAGGAAACCUAUACACACCUGAUCUUGUCAUGGAAAACUCAGUUUUUGACUUUGAAUAUGCAAGGGAAGAAGAUGGUUGCUCAGGGAAUGUAGGAAACGGAGUUUCUCUUGGCUCAAAACCAGCAGAAAACGAAAUUAUUAGUGAAAAAAUGGUGUUUUCUGUUAGGCUUGGAAAGUUUAGAAGCACAAAUGUGGGAGGUGGGUUAGAGAAAAGCGAGGGACAGGGAAAGGGAGAGGGAGAGGGAGAGGGAAAGGGAGAGGAAGAGGGAAAAGGAGAGAGUAGUAGUAGUAAUAAUUUGGAUGCAAGGAGAUGUUUCUCAAUGGGGUCAUACCAAUACGUGGUUGCUGAUUCAGAAUUGCAAGUGGCCUUAUACCCCACUAGAGGUGGUGGUAGUACUAGUUUAAGGCUGUUGAAAGAAGGAAUUGGACAAAAUGAAAAUCCCUCAAAUGAUGCUGAUGUUGAAGCAAAGAAGAUUAACAUCAGAAGUAAAGGUGAAAGCUUUUCUGUUUCUAAGAUAUGGCAAUGGUCUAAGAAGGGCAUAAGUUCUUCUGAAACCCAGAUGGGUUCUUACCCUGUCACAAUAGGUUUACCGCAGACCAACUCAACCCAGGGUUCAUGAAGCUAUUCACUAUGUACUUCACUUUAAUCAAUCAAUGAAAUUGGUUCCAUUUUUA